GAAUAUUACUUACUAUCAUUUUUAUGCUCUGAUUAGGGCUUCCUAUGUUUGUAUUUUAGAACACAAGUAUAAUGAGAGAAAAAGAAUUGCAUAUAAGAUUUUAAUUUGUCCAUGAAUGAUUAGCGAACAGCCUUGGAAGCCAGAGUGAGCGCGUUUUGUAUUUCCAUCGAGGAGUUGAAAGACCCUGCCGCUAACUUGCAACUCUCCAGCUGCUGACGCCACUUUGGUCGAUCGUUUCCGAUAAGAAUGUCGAAUCGAUCCGGUCAAGGUAGGCAAGACAAAAACAAAAACAACAACAACAACAACAACAACAACAACGACGACAAGGGUUUCAACAAUAGCCAAAAGAAAUUCGUCCCCAAAAAUCCCAAUCCCACCCUCUCAACCUCCCUCAGACAACCGUCCAAAGCCCUAAACAGAGCCCACAAUGGUAAUUUCGUCAAUUACUUACCACACGACGAGGCCGUCGCGGCGGGUCUCGGCGCCGAGGACGGAGCAUUGGAUCCACUUGAAUCUCAGAGAGUCGUGGAUCUUCUCAACUCACACUUGUCACGCUUGCUCAAGUUGAAACCCAAGGAUUUCUGGAGACAAGUGGCUACUGAUACCUCCCUGCAUGAGUUUUUGGACAGUUUUUUGCAAUUCAGGAGCAGGUGGUAUGAUUUCCCUCAUCGCGGGGUGAGAGGGAUUGUUGCCGGUGUUAUUGUUGGAGAGCUUGAUUUGAGUCGCCGAGUUUUCAUGGUAUUGUUUCGCAUUUCUUCGAAUAAAGACCCUGGCGCUCGACCUGCGGAUUCCCUCAGUUUGAGAGACCAUGGAGUUCUUUUGCAGGAGAAGAAGUUGCUUGACUUGCCAAAGUUGUUAGAUAUAUGUGCCAUAUACUAUCAUGAAAAUGAAGAAUUGACAAGGUCACUGGUUAGAAAUGCUUUGAGUGCUCAGCCUCAGAUCCAUAAUAAUCUGACUGCAGUAAUUUCCCAUUUUCUAGGAAUUGUCAGCACAAUGCAUGAACGUUGCAGUUCAUCAUUAGAGGUCUUAUUUUCUUCUGGAAAUCUUGAUCACCACAAUGCUUCUUUUCUUCAAGCUGAUCUGCUGGAGGUGAUGGACUUUAUAAAUGAUGCAAUUGUUUCAAUGGAUUCUUUUGUUAGUGCAUAUGAACCGUCAGCUGUGUUCUUCUCUUGCCCGGUUGAAAUGAGUUAUGGGAAUGAGGAAUUGCUUAGCCUCCUUGCCAGAUUGCAUGAUUCGCUAAUUCCAUCAUUGCAAAAGGGAUUCCGUAUGAUUUUUGCUGACAAACAAGAUGGCACAGUAUCUAAUAUCUUAAUAAGUUUAAAGAUGUUAAGAAUGAGAUUAAUAAAGUUUGGUUGGCAACUAUUGCACUUGUGCUAUCUAAGCGAUGAAGUGUUCAGAGAUAGCAUCCCUCUUCCAGCUGCCACAAAGAUGUUUCCUGCCAAUGUAGAGGACCCAUUCAUCAGAGCAGAUAUUCUGGUUCAAACAUUUAGAGAGAUCAAUUCAGUAUCUUUACAAUUUCAGGAAAUGCAUCAGAAGGAAACAUUUCUUCAAGAUGUUGAAAGAAAUUUCAAUAUACUAAGCAGGGUUGAUAGACUAAAGGAUAGUGGAUGGAUUUUCAUUGAUGAUGAACAGCUUCAAUAUAUAUCUGGGAUGUUGAGUUCUGUGAAGGAGAUCUAUAAACAGCCAUAUUCUGCAGCAAGUUCUGUGCCAAACCAAACAUUGCUGACGGAUGAAGAUGCUGCAAUUACAGAGUCAAACAUCAGUCAAAUUAGGGACCUGUUCCCUGAUUAUGGUAGAGGGUUUUUAGCUGCGUGUCUUGAGGUCUAUGACCAGAAUCCAGAAGAGGUUAUUCAAAGAAUUUUAGAGGGUACCCUUCAUGAGGAUCUGCAGAAGCUGGACACCUCGCUAGAGACAUUGCCACUGGCCAAGUCUACCACUGUGGGUGGGAAUGAUAAAGGAAAAGGUAAAUUAAUUGAUUCUAUGUCAGCAUCCUCAAAUCCAGAAGUUGUUAGGGGGAAGCAAAAGACAGAAGUGCCUUUGAUGUCAUCCUCUGCUUCACUAGGAAAAUUUGUUAGGAAAUCUAAAGCUGAUCGUCCUGAUGUCAGUAUUCUGGAUAAUAAGGAUGAGAAAGAUGCAUCAAAAACUGCUGCUAUGCUUUUACAAUAUGAAUAUGAAGAUGAGUAUGAUGACUCUUUUGAUGAUUUGGGUCUAAGUGUAGCAGACUCUGGGGUAGAAGAAAACGAGAUACUAGGUGACACAAUAAACGCCAAGUCAGGGAAAUCAUGGGCAACAGAGACUGGAAAUUCAGUCAAAAAUGCUCCUGAUUCAAAAUGGGGCUCUAGGAAAAAGCCGCAGUACUAUGUCAAGGAUGGUAAGAAUUACAGCUACAAAGUGGCUGGUGCAGUAGCAGUGGCAAACUCCGAUGAAGCUUCGCUAGUAAACGAAGCUCAGAAAGAAUUAAUACAUGGCCUUGGACGUGGCGGCAACCUUCCUCUUGGUGCAGUAAAGAAGUUGACAGAUUCCUACAAGGAGGAUGAUAACCAAUUCCAGGUUUCUGAAAUGGAAGGGAGAGGGAUUCCAGGAAAUGCUGGAGGCAGGGGAAGGAGAGAAUGGGGAAAACAAGUUGUAUCUCAUCAGCAGCAGGAGAAACAAUCUGAUGAUACCGAGGUGGAUGGAAAUAAUCAAAGGGGGAGAGGAAGAGGAAGGGGGAGGGGGAGAGGAGGAGGAAGAAACAAUCAUCACCAGAAGGACCGAGCCAUGAAGAAGCAUUUCUCUGGAGUGAGUGGUUUUUAAGUGCAUUCGAGAAUCAUUCCAUGUUCUUGCCAAGAUAAUGAAGAUGCCAUACUUCUGCACCUGCUCGGUAACCAUUUGGCUUUUGUAGGGUUAAAGUUCAAUGAGGUGCAUAGAUAUAGUGCUACAUAGCUUAUACACAGUGGCAUUAUUGAUACCACCAUCCUCUACAAUAUAAAGAAUAGGAUAAUGUCUGUAAAGGUUGAUUUAACUCCAUCCCGGAAUCGAAUUUUGUUUAGGAUUUGGGUGUAUUUUUAGCCUACAUUUCCUUUCAAGUAGGGAAUAUGAAUAACUUACACACUUAGUAUAGCUUACAAAUACAAUAAGUAUCUAAUGUUUCAUCUGGCAGUGCACAAUUUCAUUUUAAACUUCAACAUGAAAACAAUGUAUUCGGUUACCCCA